AUGGAAACUCAAGGCAAUGGUCAAGCGGAGGCAAGCGUGAGAUGGGUUAAGGACAGGGCAAGAACCUUGUUGACAGCAUCUUCAUUACCAGUUCGGUUGUGGCCUACGGCGGUAGAGGCAGCUACAGCGAGUCAGAGGGCAAAGGUAUUGGGGUGGAAGCACAAGAUGUUGGCUCCGCAUGGCUCGGUUGUGCAUGUGAAGCAGAAGGCUUGUGACUCUAGUGGUCCGAGGAGAAGGGAGCGUGCCUUUGAGUCAAAGUGGUUUCGAGGGCUUUAUGUCGGACUCAGCAAUAUCCUCGACAACGGCCAUGUGAUCUUCGUCCCAGGCACCAAGGACACCAAGGAGAAGUUUGUGCAUACACUUCAUGCCAGAAAGAAGCUGGUGGACCCAGGUCCGCCAAUGGACGAGGUGGUUGUGGAUGUUCCCAAACCCAGGAGGAGACUUGCACAGAAGACACCACUCGAGGAUGUGGAGAUGCGGGCCCUCAAGUUAAGCAACAGCGACCUUGAGGAGUACAUGCGGUCCCGUUCGAGUAUCUUGCUUGCUGACUGGGAUCAGGAGCAGGCCACCCGCUUUGUUGAUGAGCUAGCAGAGCACAACUUCUUUGAGGAUCACAAGUUUGGAGUCUUUAGACAUGGAGGAAGUGUUGGGUGGCUACGAGGCCUAGGAGAAUAUCCUGAACUUUCUAGGCUUUUGAGCAAGUUGAUCCUACAUUCCAGCCCGGAGGCGACUUUUACAGCUAUCCAGGUCGCCCGGAACAUGGACAAGGGGAUGCACCGCGACUUUAACAACGACGAGCGCGCAGUGAACUAUGUGUACCCAAUCAGAGUUCCACGUCAAGGGGGUGACCUAUGGGUUGAGUUGUGCAAGGGUGAUGCGGUGAAGGGCGAGAUCGUGGAGCGUGCGGACGAUCGUGGGAAGAGACUCUACGGUCAAGUUCAUAAGAUGAGAUAUGGUGUAACUACGGUGUUUUCGGUCCCACUGUCCCAAAUGCCAGACUACUUCGUACCGGAGGGAGUGGAGUUGAGCGCCUUGCAGGUUUCGAAACCAGCUGAGGAGAAGAAGGAGUUCAUCGAGGCGAACUAUGUGGACGACAUGGCCGAGACCGACCUCGAGGAUUGGGACAUGUUUGUGGAGGCAGAAGACGGCCUAGUGAAGGAGGAGCUGGCCCUACAGAAGGUGGAAGUUACGUACGCAAAGAAUGUGGAGGAGAUCCUCCGCAACUUGGGCAGUCCGCUUGAGGUGACGUACACGGUAGACCCGCGAGAAGUACAGCAAAAUAUUGAGCUGUGGCGCUCGGCCAUCGAGCGUGAAGUGGCGAGUGUGGCGGUAGCAAUAUGUAAGCUUCUCCCGGGAACGCCGCAGAGAGCUGAGUGGAUGCGAAGACCAGGUGCUCAGAAGCUCCCCACUAAACUGGUUUUUACAGUGAAGCCGGGUAGCAACCCGGACCCAGCAGAUGCGAGUACAUGGUUUAAGAGAAAAGCAAGGCUGGUGGUUUGUGGGAACUAUGCUUCAGCAGACGGUUCCUACCUCUACUCCGAAACGGCGCCACCAGAGUCGGUGAGAAUGGGUUUGGUGUACUCUAUACGACAGAAGUGGAUGGUGGGCCUGAUUGACGUCGUAGCGGCCUUCCUACGUACACCGUUGAUCUAUGAGGAGGGCGCUCCAACGAUCAUUGCGCCGGCUCUCUGGAGUUCCUACAGGGACAAGAGGUUGGAGGCCAUGAAAGUCCCCAUGGGCAUGAGAUUGUGUCGAGGACGUACGAUAACAGCAUGGUGGGUUUUGAAGGACGAGAAAGGGGAGAUCCGUGCCCUUAUCAUAAUCUACGUCGACGACAUUUUGUUGAUGGGAGAGGAGGGGGUUGUUCGGGAUGUCGCCGCAACGGUUCAGGAGGAGUGGACAACCUCACCACUUACUUUCCUUCGUCCAGGGGAACCUAUUAGAUUUCUUGGGACAGAGAUGGAGGUGGACGCCGACCACAUGACUGUGUAUUUGAGUCAGCGGGGCUACAUCGAGGAGGUAGUUAGGUCCUAUGGUUUCAGCGACGAGGAUAAGGCGAAGAUCCCCCUGGCCAAGGACCUUGCGAGCUUUGAGUGGGUUGAAGGGGAUUUAGAAGCAACUCCGGUUGCAGUGGCAAGCGCCCAGCGGAUAACUGGAGAAGUGAUGUGGAUGGCCCAUAAAACCCGAGCUGACGUGGCUUAUACAUCAAGCCUGAUGGCGUCGAUUACCUUGAGGGCUCCCUACCGAUGCUUGGAUAUUGGCUACAAAGUUCUCAAGUACUUGUAUGGUACGAGGGAAGAGAAGCUGGCUAUUCGCAAUGAUGGUACUGGCCUGAUCCUCUACCCGGACGCGGCCUUCGCCCCGAGCAGCGGAAGGUCACAUACAGGUUGGCUUGUGUGCUGGGGAAGUACACCAGUCUGUUGGAGGAGCGGGAGGCAGGCAAGUAUCACGCUGAGCACGGCGGAGAGCGAGUUACAGGCUAUCAUUGAGGGGUUCGUCGGGAUGCUGGGACUUGAGGCAAUGCUCUUGGACCUGGAGGUGGAACCUACGGUCAAGGUGAUAAGGAGUGACUCAACAAGCGCACUGGCGAUUGGAGCAGGAACCGGGAGCUGGAGAACGAGACACCUACGACUCAAGGCAUCCUGGAUUCAGGAGAUGAUAUCACGUGGUGAAGUGAUGGCGGAGCAUCAGCCGGCAAUUCAUCAACCAGCUGACUUGCUCACAAAGCCGUUAGCGGGCCAGCGUAUUCGAGAUCUACUACAACUGUUGGGGAUUACGGAUGGCCAAACCACCCAACCUACGGCAAGAAGCACGACGUCAACUACGGCAAUGACACGAAUCCUGGUGGCGAUGGUGUGCUGUAUGUUGGUGCUGACGGUUGAAGCAAGACCACAAGCCGUAGGGCGAACCAUCGAGGUGGACUGGGACAUGGUGGCGAUCUUCAUGGGCCUACUGAUGGUGCUGGGUGGUUUGAUCCUGUACGAAGCGGUGAGAUGGGGUGUCGUCGAGGCCUACUACAAGUACCUACCUGGCCAUCGAGAGAGAGUUGGCCAGGGCGUCUACAGCUACACAGGGGUCACUGGCAUCAAGUUCGUCAACAAUGGAGGCUUUUACACCCCCGAGGCCUACAGCGUCUACUACACCAGUGUUAUCCCUUGGUUGGAGGAGAUCCGUGACGGCCUCCGACUGAAUGGGUUAGUUAUCACCGGCAGGUUCUGGUCCCACGCUCAGACAAAUGAGAUACCUCGUAUGGUUGUGGCGAGAACGGCCUUCAAGCAGGUGCUGCUUUAUCGGACCGGCCUCACGGUCUCCGAGACCGAGCUCCACAAGGAGCUCCUGGAACAUGAGUUAGAGCUGGCUCUGAGGCUUGGGGGCCUCGCCGGCGACACCGAAAACUCGGAGGGGCCUGUCACCAUCCUGGAGGAGCCCGCAAGCCGAGACAAGGACGGCAAAGGCCAAAAGGAGGGGAAGGAAAAGGGCCAAAAGGAUGGCACAGAAAAGCAGGGCAAAGGGAAAGGCAAGGAGAAGGGCGAGGGCAAAGGCGAGGGCAAAAGCCUGGAGAGCGGCGAGAGCAAUGGCUGGAGUUCCGAUGCCGAGACGCUGCUUCGUUUAGUGAAGCGCGUGGGUCCCCGAAACCCCAACCUGUGCUCCAGCGCCUUCCUGAAGAGCUUCUUCCAAGACCUCCGCCUGCCGCAGCUCCGCAUCGGGCAGCUCGGCGAGGAUGCUCUGGGCUUUUCUCAGCUCACGUCCCUGGACGUCUCCCGGAACGCUCUGGUGGACCUCCCGUACCUGCCGCCGAACCUCCGCUUCUUGCGGGCUUACAACAACAGGCUCUCCCGGCUAAGCUGCAAGCCUUUGUCCUCGCUCUGUUUCCUGGGCCUCGGCUUCAACCCGCUCGGCGACCAAGGGUUUGCGGAUGCCAGCAAGUUCUCGAACUUGCUGUCGCUGGACGCAGGGAAUACGGACACGGCGAGUUUGGCCGGCGCGAAGUCCUCCUUGAAGUCUCUGGGCUCUUCGCUCCGGCACCUCUUCUUGCUGGGGAGCCCCAUUUGCCUGCUGCCUUUCUACCGACUCCAGCUCCUCGGCGAGGCGCCCCAGCUCCAGGUCUUGGACGGCUUGGCGCCCAGCGAGGAGGAGCUGGCAGAGGCCCAGCAGCUCUCCGAAGCAGAGGCCCUACAGGCCGCCGAGGCUCCGGCGGCUCCGGCGGCGGAGUCCGGGUCCGGGUCCGCGGUGGGCGGUGGGCCCGAGUGGUGCCGCAUCACCUUGGCUCUCGGACAGUUGAAGAACCAUCAGGAGCUGCUGAGAGAGGCCCUGCUUGCUCCCGGCGCGGAGGAGGCCUUUGCGGCCGCCCAGGCGGAGCUGGCGGCCGAGGGCGGCGAGGUGCCGGAGCGGGAUGCUUUAGCCGAGAAGUGUGGCCAAGAGAGCCAGCUGGCUCUGUCCUUCCAACUGCCUAGCGGCAUUUGGGUGGCCACGAGCAGCAUCAACCUCUGCAAGAAGACCUACGAGGCGGAAGAGGGUCAGCCUGCGCCCCCGGUAGUCCUCAAGGAAUCCUUGAAGCUCAAAGCCUUGCGGCAAGAGUCCGGCGAGCAUCUGAGCUUCGACUUCCACUUCCAGGAGGAUUUGAGCGGCUUGCGCGCUCUUCGCCAGUGGCUCCAGCGGGGCCUGCAGCUGAAGCUCCACUACCUGCCCAAGCCCAAGCAAAAGGAGACGGAGCAGGCGGAGCAGGCGGAGCAGGUGGAGCAGGUGGAGAAGGAGACGCCCCUUGCAGAAGAGCAGCCCGCAGAAGCCGCGGAGGCUGCAGAGAGGCCGAAGGAUGCGGGUCCGGCGGGCGAAAGUGUCUGCUUGGGCGGCUGCAUCCUUCCGCUCUCGAGCUUCCUGCAGCGGACGCCCUCGGGCUCGGCGGGCUCUCCCUGCCCAGACCCCUGGCCUCACGCGGCCGAGGUGACCGUGGUGCCCGUGGCCCAGUGGCUGAACCCGGAGAUCCAAGUUCCCAAAGAGAAGGAGAGGGACAGGGACAGGGAGAGGCGCCCGAGCGGCGCAGGCGGCGUCGGUGUGUCGCCGCCCAGCGCGCAGCUGGAGCUCGUGCUCACCUUGUACUCGAUGCCCUUGGAGGACGUCGUGGAGUCUGAAGAAGAGGCACCACCGGCCCCCAAGGCGAAAGCCAAAGCAAAGGGCAAGAAGUAG